AUGUCCGCCGACACAACCCCCAUAUCCCCCGCGCGCUUCGCCUCCGCAAUCAAGGACCUCUCCCUCAGCAUGCUUCACCUCAAGGUCCUCGAGAUCCGCAACUCCAUCGCCCACCUCCAGUACUCAAACGACCAGCUCGCGCCCUUUGCACAAGGCACAUCCGUUGCUCUAGGCACCACCACCACCAACACCACCGAAACCUCCUCCUCCUCCAACAACAACAACACUUCUUCCGCGAAUACUGUGCCAGACCAAGACUGCAUCGACGCCAUCAAGGAAAACGAAGCCGUCAUAGACCGCAUGGCAGAGCGCAUCGCCAUUAUCCGCGCCGAAGUAGAAGAGCGAGGCUUCAGCUGGACGGAGUUUCAGAGCCAGGAUGAAGUUGUCAAUGGACAAGCAGCAGCAGCAGCAGCAGCACAAGCUGGUGAUAGUUCUAGGAGUAAUACCGCUCAGGGGGCAGAAGGAGAGGAGGGAGAACCCCGGCAUUCUGCGUGGACAGACGGAACAUUUCAGACGGGCACGAUAUCCAACGGGCAAGUCCGCUUCGAUAGCCAAACAGUUGGGCAACAAGGUAAUACACCGCCGACAGCGACGAAUCGGGACGGGGCGCAGUCAUCGACGACGACAACGACAACGACAGAGACACGGGGACAGGACGAGAGUGGUGAUGGUGCUGCGGAGGAUGCCGGCUUACAUCUGUGAUUCAUACCGUCUUCGAAAAGCAGUGGGAUGGCAAUGGGAGAAGGGCUGCAUGAUUGGCGUUUUCUCGGGAUCUCGAUUAG